AUGGCACCACCGUCCUUUGUUGUUGUUGUUGUUGUUGUCAUUACUUUAUUUCUUCUCCCAUGCAUGUGUGCACACAUAGUGAGACCCGUUACUCAAUGGUAUAGUUUUUUUUUUUGCUUUUUUUUUUUUUUUUCUACUGCGCUCAUUAAAAAAAAAAAAAAAAAGGGAGGGGGGGUAAUAAUUGACACGACGCCCCUUUGUGCCUUGUCUUCAGGGUGGGCCAAAAUGGCGGCGGUCAUGAGGAGCAUGACGAGGAGACGCCAAAAGGCAUAUCUCCUACUGCCUUUGUUUAUUGCCUUGACUAUACUCUGGUUGAGUCUCGUGCAUCUCGUCCUGUCGGUCGUUGAGGAAUGGGCGGUAGCAGCGAAGUCAACGGCCGCCGAGGUUCCGGAAAAGACGGAUGUCAUUGUUGCCGAGUCUGCACCAGCGACAGAAGCGCCAACUGGAUCCAAACUAAAGACUUUGAUGGCAUUGGGCUACGAAAGGGAAACCCGGUUUGACUUGGAUCAGAGAAACGCAUGGCGUUGGUCGAACGGGUCAUGUCCAAUGGCUGCAGUAGGCAUUACACAUGUGGCGCGUACUCACCAUGCGCCCAUCGCCUACCUCACAUUUAUAUCAAAUGAGAAGUUUGUGGAUGGUGCUCUGGUACUUGGUGCAUCAUUACGUAAGACCUCUGUCUUUUUGCAGCAUGAGGUGGCGGAUUUGGUUAUCACGAUUACCUCCAACUGCGUUAGUGCGGUGUCUCGAAAACGCUUGCUUGAAGAAGGAGGAUAUACCCAUGUGUUUGAGGUCCCUUCCUUGGCAGGCCGCAUUCAUGCGAAAUCUGGCAUAUUUCGUGAUACCUUUGACAAGAUAUACAUGUUUAACCUUACCAUGUAUGAGAAGAUUGUCUUUUUGGAUGCCGACAUGAUUGCGAUAAGGAGUAUGGAUAAACUUUUUUCAAAACCCAAGAUUUGGGGCCCGGAUUACGUUGCAGCGGUUGGGGGUAAGGAUUACUUUCAGACCGGCAUGAUGAUCAUUAUUCCAACACAAGAAAUGUUUAACUGCAUUUAUGACCGACUUAUUCGUGGGACACCACCAAAUGGCUUUCAAUUUACCGGAUCAUCGGCUCGUGAUGGAGUACUGCUGCGGGAUGUGUUUCAAAAAAGGUUUCACGCAAUCAACCCAAAGUAUAGUCGCAACCUUAACCCUCGACAUCGACUGGACAUGAAACUUCCUGGCAAACAGUCCAUUGUGGCCGUUCAUCUGCGCGGAAUAAUAAAGCCAUGGCACGACAGGCGGCUACCAAACCCUCACACUGAACUUGGGAAAAAAGAGUUUGGCUUUACGUACCUGCAUUGGUGGACCCUGUAUGAGGAGGAAAUACACAAAAAAAGCGCCUACUAUCUUAAGGCGCUUCAUUUUCAGUCGAAGGGACAUGCACCAGGCUCAAAAGCCAUUGUUGUAGACGGUAUCGCAUUUGGAAUGCAACACACCGAUGCAGGUGGGUCUCUUGUUUCACCCUUGACGCACGUAUGGAUGCAACGGCACUCCAAGGAUGCAUACACGCAGCUUCUGUCAUCUGAGGAAAAGAGGCUACGCAAUCGCACGCUUCCUUCCAUGCGAAAAAUACCCAGUCCACAUUUCGGUCUUUCAUGCGAUGCCGUAUGUGCUCAAGCGGGAUUACGAUGCGCCUUGGAAGCGCUUUACUUUACAUCACUCAAUGACUGUGAAGAAUUGCGGUCUGUAUUUGGAUGCAGCAGAUGCGAAAUGGGUGUCUACUGGCGACCGCACCCCGGGAACGACUUCCCCGCCGUGGAGGAUGUAUCGCAUGAAAUGGAGCAUGAAAACAAGGAACGGAAAAGGCGACUCAGGGAUAAUUCGACCAAUUUGGUUUGUAGGUAUAACUACCUGCAUGAUGCGCGAGGAGUUCCGAACUGCACUGCCAGCUACACGACGACUCGUCGUUACUGCCCCUGCGUGCCCAAACCGUAA